AUGGGGUCUUUGCCAGUUGAAACAGCAAGGAAGAAGGCAAUGUGGCUCUAUCCAAAGGUUACGGGAUUAAAUCCUUCUGAGAGAUGGGGGCACUCUGCUUGCUAUGCUCGUGGGGUUUUGUAUGUUUUUGGGGGAUGUUGUGGAGGUAUGCAUUUCAGUGAUGUUCUUAUGCUUAAUCUUGAAACAAUGGUCUGGAACACUCUUGCAUCAACUGGUCAAGGGCCUGGUCCUAGAGACAGCCAUAGUGCCGUUGUUCUAGGGCACAGGAUGAUAGUUUUUGGAGGUACAAAUGGCUCUAAGAAGGUAAAUGAUCUUCAUAUAUUGAAUCUUGUGACCAAAGAAUGGAUGCGACCAGAAUGUACGGGGACUCCACCUUCACCCCGUGAAAGCCACACUGCCACGCUUGUUGGUGACGAAAAAUUAGUGGUAUUUGGGGGUAGUGGAGAAGGUAAAGGAAAUUACUUGAACGAUCUUCAUGUUCUAGACCUUAAUACCAUGAGAUGGACUUCCCCUGAGGUGAAGAGUGAUAUUCCUGUUCCUAGAGAUAGUCAUAGUUCUCUUGCAAUAGGAAAGAAGCUUCUUGUGUAUGGUGGAGACCGUGGUGAUAGGUAUUAUGGCGGCGUUGAUGUGUUUGACAUGGACACACUGACUUGGUCAAGGUUGGCUGUUCAAGGAUCUUCACCUGGUGCCAGGGCUGGCCAUGCAGCUGUCUAUGUCAUUGGAGGGGUUGGAGACAAACAUUACUACAAUGAUGUUUGGGUCCUAGAUGUGAGUACUUGUUCAUGGACCCAACUUGAUAUAUGCGGCCAACAGCCACAAGGGCGAUUCUCUCAUACUGCUGUUGUUACAGAUUCUGACAUCGCUGUCUAUGGAGGGUGCGGGGAGGACGAGCGCCCUCUGAAUGAGUUGCUGGUGUUGCAGCUUGGAGCAGAACACCCCAAUGGUCGUUACAAUAUUUCCAUGUGCAAAAUUUUCGGAAGCCAUUGGAACCAAGAGAGGAGAAGGCUCUCUAAAGGAGCAGAUUUUAACACGCAGAAAACUAUGCUGAUGGGGAACCAUGUAGUAGUAAGAGAAACAGCUGAACCAGAAUCAGAAGCGAAACAAUCUCUCCAAAACAAAUCAGAUAGUACUUUACAUCCAAAAAGGAGAAGAACCACCAGUACAAAAGCAUGGGACGUCGAGUCAGAACAAGAGGAGCAUUCUCUAUCACUCUCCCAGCAUUCAUCACCAUCACACUCUGACCAAGAACAGACACCAAAUCCUAGAAUAGUUGAUUCAGCCCCAGGUUCUCAAGGAGAUCAUCAAACCGAACUAAAACGGGAACAGCAUCCUCAUGUCAGCACUGGCAGACCAAUUAUGCAAUAUCCAGCUGUAGAGCAGAAAACUUAUGAGGCAGUGCCUGUUCAGAACCUGAUCGGCGCCGAGGUUCAAGGCAAAGUUGAUGGAGCAUUUGACUCAGGUUUCUUAAUGACAGCAACUGUUAAUGGAAGGCUAUAUAGAGGGGUCUUGUUUGCACCAGGAGCUGGGAUCAUCUCAAGAGUGCCAACUGUUGCACAAAGCACUUCAUCUUCAACAAGCCAAAUCCCCAUUGCCAUUGCCCAACCAUUCCCAAACCCGAAUCGCACAGAGCCACCCUUGAAGCUAUCCGAGCAGCCAAUGAAGAAUUCCAUGCCAGGGUCAGGUUUAGGCCUCAGGCAACCUCAGGUGGCUCGACCAUUUUCGGUCAUUCGAGCCACUUCAUCCUUAGCCAAAGAAAACAACCUUAGAAGUGAUCUUCCUGGUGUGUUUUUGUCACUUGGAGGACCAGGAAGUGGUUCUGGUGGAUCUUAG